AUGACAAGACCAGGCGCCCUCGCUCACCUCGCCGCUGCUGCCGCUGUAUUCCUACUGGCGACCACCACCAUCCCGGCGGCCACUAUUGGCACCGUGGUGCAUUCGGAGGCCGAUGCACUGCUGGCAUGGAAGGCCAGCCUCAUCGAGGCAGCUGCGCUCUCCAACUGGGCCCGGGACACGCCGGUUUGUGAUUGGGAUCGGGUGUACUGCGAGAAACAAGACAUCACGAGUCUAUGGCUCCAGGGACUCGGUCUCUCGGGCGGGCUCGGUAUGCUCGAUACCGUGGCCUUCCCGGCGCUCAUAACUCUGGACCUCAACGACAAUAACCUCAGCGGCACCAUCCCGGCAAGCAUCUCGAGGUUGAGCUCCCUCGAAUCACUCGACCUCAGCAACAACACAUUAAGCGGCUCCAUUCCACACCAGCUCUGCGGUCUAGUCUCCGUCAGUUUGCUGGUCCUGAGCAACAACCAACUCAGUGGAGAGCUCCCGAACUGUUGGUGCAACCUCCAGUCUCUGCGAGUCAUGGACCUUUCAAGCAACAGGCUCAUCGGGAAGCUUCCGGACUGCUUGUGGAACAUGGAGGCUCUGGUGUACAUGGACCUGUCCGAUAACUCCUUCUCAGGAAAAUUGCCGGCAGCUACAGCAAGCCAGAACUGCUCUCUCACAUCACUAUAUCUCGCCAGAAAUGCUUUUGUUGGAACUGUCCCACUCUUGGAUGGUUGUGACUCGCUGGUCGCCCUCGACAUCAGCAACAAUAGGUUGAGCAGCUCCAUUCCGCCGCAGCUCGGUGACAUGUGCAGGCUCUACGACCUCCGGCUCUACAAUAACAGCCUCAUCGGUAACAUCCCGCACCAGCUCUGCAGGCUCCUCUCCAUUGAUAUUCUAGAUUUGUCCAACAAUCUGCUCACCGGAGAGCUCCCGGACUGCUGGUGUAACCUCCACUCUCUGGCGUUCAUGGACCUGUCGAACAACCGGCUCACGGGGAAGCUCCCGAACUGCUGGUGGAACCUCAAGGAUCUGCAGUUCAUGGAUCUAUCAAACAACUCCUUCUCAGGUAAAAUUCCCGUGGCUGUGGCAACCCACCACUGCUCUCUUAGGUCACUUUAUCUCGCCGGAAAUGGCUUUGUUGGUGCUUUCCCGCCAGUCCUAGAGGGUUGCAAGUCACUGACCACUCUGGACAUGGGGAACAACAUGUUCUUUGGUGUUAUCCCUCCAUGGAUCGGAAGUCAAGUUCCAAAGCUUAGAAUCCUUAGCCUUAGAUCAAACAACUUCACUGGAAAAAUUCCUCUAGGUUUAUCACAGCUUUCAAAACUUAAGCUGCUCGACAUGUCCAACAAUAGCUUGACUGGCUCGAUUCCUAUAGGCUUCGGUAACUUGACGUCCAUGAGGCAUCCAGAAAACCUUUCAACUAUAAAACACCUCUAUUGGAAUAAACGUGAUGAUAGGCUCGGCAUAAUCUGGAAGGGCCAACAGCAUAUUUUCUCAAACGCAAUCCGAUUAUUAGCCGGUAUUGAUUUAUCAGACAAUUUGCUAUCACAAUGCAUCCCUGAAGAGUUAACCAAUCUUCAGGGCCUUCGCUUCCUAAACCUAUCAAGAAACCAUCUGUCAUGCCGCAUUCCCAAAGACAUUGGUAGCAUGUCUCUUCUUGAGUCCCUCGAUCUAUCAUCUAAUCAACUUAUAGGAACCAUUCCUCCAAGCAUCACACAAUUAUCAGGGCUCGGCGUGUUGAAUGUCUCAAACAAUCUUUUGUCAGGCAAGAUACCCGUUGGGGGUCAGACUCAGACCUUCACAGACCCAUCGAUUUACUCCAACAAUUCUGGGCUCUGUGGAUUUCCUCUAAACAUUUCGUGUGACAAUACUUCACUUGCACCGGAUAAGACAAAUGGUGAAGAGAAGGACCACUGGAUGUACUAUUGUGUGAUUGCUGGGAUUGUGUCUGGUCUCUGGUUGUGGUUUGGGAUGCUCUUUACAGUUAAGUUCUGGAGAUGUGGUUUUCUUUCCUUUGUUGAUGGCAUGCAAUGUAAAAUUAUGAAAAAGUUGUGA